CAAUCGAAUAACAAAUUCCUUCUGCUUCAAUCCUGUAACCAGAACCAGACAUUGUUGAUAGAUGAAGAAGCUCUUCACUGUUCCUGGCCGGUCGUCUCCAGGCCUGGCGAAACUUGCACUGCCUCCAUCCUUCCUUUCCGGCACAGCUUUAGCUCAAAGGUAUUCAACACAAGAUGAUGACUCUCGGGAGAUUGUGGACAAGGCGAGGUCUACAGCUGAGGAAUUUCUUAGGCAAGCAAAGCAGAAGGCGGAGUCACUCAAGGAGGCUGCAAAGGAUACAAAGGAAUCUCUUGUUGGUGAGAGUAAAGCCGGUAAGGAGUAUCUAAAAGAGAAAGUUGAGAAGGGAAAAUCUGAUCGUGAUUGAUAUUUUUUUCUUAUUUCCUGCAAUUCCAUAUGAAUAAAACUGUGUAGAACCAAUCCUGCAACUUUGAAAACUGGUUAGAUAAUGAAGAAGCUUUAAUUUUGGAUUCAACUUCUUAAGUUGAAGCAAAAAAUAAUCAUUUUUUGGGCA